ACAAAAAAUUUCUUUUCCCAGAAUACAAAAAAAAUCUUUUUUUCUAGAACUAAAAAAUUCUCUUUCCAGAAUACAAAAAACUUUUUUACACAAUACAAAAAUUUUUUUCCCCACAAUACCAAAAAACACCCUUUUCCAGAAUACAGAUAAACAUUUUAUUCCCAGAAUGAAAAACAACAUUUUUCCCAGCAUGGAAAAUAAUAUUUUUCCUACAAUUCUUUUCAGAAUAAAAAAAAAUUAUUCCCAGAAUAAUUUUUUUUUUUUUUAGAAUAUGAAAAAAACAUUUCACUCCUAAAAUGCAAAACAACAUUUUCCUCGAAAACAUAAAAACAUUUUUCCUAGAAUAUUAAACAAAAAUUUAAUUCCCAGGUUCUGCAAAAUAAAAGAAAAAAAAUUAUUCCCAGAAUAUGAAAAAUCGCUUCUGGAGACGCACAUGGAUCACAAAACUUCGGCAUUCUGGUCCUUCCAGUGACGAAGGCAUCUAAGGGCAAGAACUGACCCUUUCAGAAGGAUGUGGAUUCAACUGCUGACUGCAAUGGGCAUAGUGUUGAUGUAUGAAAGCGUCCACGGGAUUUAUCCCACCAAAUCUCCAGGAAUCGCACUCCUGACUGCAGUCAAAAAAGGUCGCAAAGGGAGACUCGAGAAUAUAUUUAAGCGGCCAAAUUUUGAUAUCAAUUAUGCAGAAAAAGAGGGAAGGUAUCGCGGAUACACAGCUCUGAUUUGGGCGGCAGAGAUGAACAGCAUAGACAUCGUGCAAAGUCUGCUGGAGAGAGGGGCCAACAUAAAUCACAAAAGUUAUUUUGGUGAAACAGCAGCGUACAUUGCAGCUAAAAAGGGGUCAUUAGAAAUUUUGAAAUUGUUGUUGGAGAAUGGAGCGAAUCCUAAUGUUCCAGCAGCUGAGGGUUACACAGCUUUACUGCAGGCUACGUGGCAUCGUUCUCUACAGAUGGUCAAUGAAUUACUUGCAAAAGAAGCCAAUCCAAACUAUCAGACACCAAGCAGCCGUUAUUUUGCUCUUUACUUGGCAACUAGACACAAUGAGCGACAAAUAAUGGAGGCCUUGAUAAACGCUGGUGCUAAUGUUAAUCUUCAAACUUCAUGGGGUGUCACAGCUUUGCAAACUGCAACAAUAUGGGGACACAUGAAAGCAACCAAAAUACUUAUCGAGGCUGGAGCUGACCCAAACUUACUUAACAUUUACAAUCAAACAGCACUCAUGAAAGCAUCUAUCUAUGGACAUGGAACGAUAUUACAAGAACUAAUAUAUGUUGGGGCUCAACUUGACUUGCAGGAUAAAGAUGGAUGUACUGCGAUGAUAUGGGCCAGCAAGAGAGGGCAUAGCACGGUAAUUACUAAGCUGUUAGAAGCAGGUGCUGAUCCCCAAAUACAGGAUAACAAUGGAAGAACAAGUUUACAAUGGGCAAGAAGGAAUGGUCAUCUAAGAGCUGUCAAAGUACUGAAAAAACAUCCAUGUUCAGAAAAUACUGUGGAGAAUGCGGUUCUCUGCCAGCGCUCAUCGUCAACAACUGAAGCACCAGAAAUAAUUCACAUACACACACUUCAUUCUUCUUCCCCUACACCUACAACCACAGAUGAAACACAAGUUGAUGAGCACUUUGAAACAACACCAUCUUUAUAUAAGCCAUCACCCAUCACUGAAGCAGUACUGCACACAAGCAAGAAUCCUGAGAGGUCAAGUUCAAAGUAUGGUCCCCCUCCAUCUUAUGUGAUAAUAUGUUCUGCAAAACCACCUUUGACACUAAAUAUCAACAUCAUGGUAUUUUCUUGUUUAUUACACUGGCAUACAUUGGGGGCUUGUAUGUUUCAAUGAUAGCAUAUUUAUAAAU